ACUGAGGCGGAGGGAGUUUCGAAAUAUUUUCAAAUUAUUUACAGUAUAGCUUCUAAGCCUUUUGUUAUAUAACAUCAAUUGCUACUUUCCGGCGUGACCACAAUCUUUGGAACCGAGUUCCUGAAUGCAUAUCCACGACGAAGAACGAAUGCUAUCGAGUGAAAAUGGAGCUGAGGUUGGAGGUCGUUGUGUCAUCGAGCAUCAAACGGAAGAAACCAUGGCCGAGAUUCUGCUGGCUUGGACAGGAGAGGGAGUCUGUGUUUCUGUUAGAUGACAAACGGAUCAGUGAGAUCAACAUGGUGUCUGGCCGUACGAAGAAAAGGACUCCUAAACUUCACCAUCUGCUUAAAAGUGUGGUGACAAUGACUUCAUCCCACAAUGGUAUGUGGCUUUGUGGACUUUUGGUCACUGGAGAAUUGUUCCUGUGGAACAAGGACAAAGAUUUGUUGAAGACAACUGCAUCGGUCCCAGAAGUAGUUAGGAUAAUUACUUCUGUUCAAGGAAAUCCCCUGAAAGUCUCUCUCCAGGUUUCGUUGGAUGGAAUGCGUGUGCUCCUGGUCACCAAAACUGGGCAAGUGUUUUUAUGGGAAUGUCAAGAUGUGAAGGAUCUGACAGGACUGCGUGACGGCCCUGUGAAAGGACACUGGGUGCACAUCCAUCCACUUGAGAAUAUCAUGCUGCCUUCUUCUCAAGACAAAGAAGCUUCACAGCACACUAUCUUUGUCAAGACAGAGGAAAUGGGUGAUACCUGUUUAACAGCAUUUGUUUUCACAUCUGGAAAGAAGCUCGUUAUCACCUUCCUUAAAAUUCAGUGGGAAGAGGGCCGUGUCAGAGAUGGAUCCGUUGGAUUUAGCCUACAGUGGACUUCCAAGACGUACCCUAUGUCUAACCUUACUUCAGCCUGUCAACCUGUGAAGUCCCGAGGAGCCUUGGUACCCGCUUUCUCUCCCGACGGAAAACUCUUAGCUGUUGUUUUGAACCAAAGAAAUCCUAAGGCUACACAGGUCCUGUUUGUGAGCACACAGAAUUUUGUCACGAUAUCAAAGGACCUUGGAGGAUGUGGAAGUAAAAAAAUGGAGAUCCCCUCAAAAUACAUAAGGUCCUACUGGGUGGGGAGUAUCAGCUGGUCACCGGGAGGCCUUUUCUUGGCCUGCGUUUUGAAAAGAGGUUCUCUUCUCAUGUUGGCUCGGCUCGGAGGUCUCCUCUCUCUCUCGACCUCUGGUUGCAACGUUGACUUUGGCCCUGCGCACUUCCUGCCGCUGCACCCCCUGGUUACCUACAGGCCGCCGAUAUCAGCGGGGAAAGCAGACGCUUCGCUGUCCAGCUCCAACAUGUCCGAGCGUGACGUGAUGAGGCAGCGGUAUUCUGUCACCUGGCAUCCACAGCUGAUGUAUCUCAUUGUGUCUGAUGGAUACCUAGCCACUGUCACAAAGGUGCUGGACAGGCCUUCGCCUGCUCUGUUAAUGAAAGCACUACUGACAGACAUCAAAGUGGACCUAGAGAAGGCCAGCCAAAGACUGGAUGGAUUACAGACUCAGGCAAAGGCCUGGCUGGAGUCAGUGUCUUCUCUGAACCCGGACAGCAGCCUAGAACUGUUCAACUCCACUGCUGCAGCCGGACCCAACACGACAGGCGCUGUCUUCUCAGCCACUGUAGAUGGAUCCACUUUGCCACUUUUCCUACAGGAUCAACAGACAUUGGGUGGUACCAAGGAACUUUUUGAAAGCGUUCAGGCUUUUUUUGAGGACGACUCUGAUGUCGAUGGGCUUCCUCCUGGCUCUCAUGCUGAGGAUGAUGGACGCUUGGAGUUUGCCUCAAUGUUCGACACACUCCACGCCAUUGACACACAUUCUGACACUGCACUCGUCACAAGCCCAGAUUAUGAAAGAGAUUCCCCUGAAACUGAGAAGAAGCCUCUUCUUCACCGUGAACUUCAGAAGAUCCAGACUAGGCUGCUGACAGCCUGGGCUUUCAGCAUGUCUCUGGGAAAUGCUAUUGAGCACAGAGCUCGCCUGCUGAAGCAUACUCUGUGCUGCAUGGUGCGAUUCGCUGCCUUAGUCCACUUGAUCCCCAGUUCUGGAGAAAAUAAUGCUUCAUCAAAGCUCUUUCACCUGAUCAAAGUAAUUCUAUCUUUCCUUCCCUGGGACAGCUCUCCCUCACAAGGGCCGCGCUGCCUCGGAUUGAUAGUGGAGUUUAGUAAACAGUUAAUACGUCUUCUGCUGACCCCCCACCCUGAUAGCAGUCACUGGAAUCUGCCAUCUCAAGUUCUGUCUCAAGCCAUGCUUGUCUUGCAGCUGGUCUCUGAUUCUCUUGACCAUGCAUACAACCUGCAGCAGAGAGCUUACUGGUCCUCUGCAGAGAAGGAACCUCCUUCUCAGCCAUCGCAGCUCUGGUUCUCAGACGUAUUCUGUGUACGUCUGCUGCAAGAUGACGAGAAAAAAUCCAACAGUGUACAGCCGUCUCGGCCCAUUCCCCAGCGACCAUCAAGUAGGUUGUUGGGAAUAUAUCAGAUGCUGUACAAUAUCACCAAACAGUACGUGGAAGAACUGAAGCACUUUGCUGGCUGUGAGAAGGAAGAGCAGCAGUUGAUGGCCAUCAUGUCCCAGAUCCAGACAGCCCUGCAGGCAGCAGGAGAAAGGCUGGAGGGCAGUCCUGCCCUGCUGAGUUAUCCAGGUGAACAUCUUUUCUUGUGUGGCUCCUACACCAAAAGUGCUCAAAUGUGGAAGAUACAGAUCUGCGAAGAAAGUAACAAAAAUUGCGAUCGAAGUGUGUAUCAGGAGAAACGGCUUUGUCUGGCGCUCCUCUAUAGUCUUUUGUCGCAGUACCAGCUAAAGGAAGCACAGGAGUUGGGGGACCACAUGGCCCAGCUGGUACUGAACAGGGCUGGACACCACAAGGACCGCUUCACAGCAGACUCUCUUCCUUGCUCGUGGCUGCCGGCGAACCUUCACCCUGAUGCAGCCUGUGCUGUGAUCCAGACUCUGGGGAGAUUCAUGGCCUCUUACUUCACCAACCAACCGCUUCACAUUCUGCCUCCUCACAAUGUAGCCGUCUUACCCCCAUUACAUCUACCUCACGGACCCAGUUCUGGGCGCUUGGUGCCCUUGUGUCAGGAGGAAGUGGCCAGAGCAGUGCGACAGCAGCAUCUAUCACAGGUGUGGACUGUGGACUAUGCCCAGGAUCUGCUGCUGCUCGGGGGUCUGCUUCCUGAGGCUGUGUGGCUGGCCUCGAAUCUGGGUGACUGGAAAACAGCGGUAUCUCUGAGCCUGGCCUACACCAGUUACUGCAAAGACCAUUCCACAUUAGCUCGGCUCAGGAGAAGAGAGCUCCACCUGCCACCAACUCUGAAACCUGAAAGCAUUUUUCAGACGGAGUUAGAGUGUCUUCUCUGCAUCGAGGCUGACUCAAAAGAGCGCAAAGACAAAGAUGACGACAGAAGCUUGUCGGAUCUUUUGGAUGGGGAAGACUGGGACCUGCUGCGGGUUUCCAUACAGGACAUUCUGAAGGCUUCAGUCAUUGCAGGAGUCAAUGUCAUGUCGUCACCUUUGUCGUCUUUGCUGGACGCAGCCAAAGAACUUUGUUCUUCCCUUCCUGCCUUGGUGCCCAUGGGCCUGUAUCUGCCAUCUCCACCUCUCUAUUGUCCACAGCCUUCUCCCAACACGCAGGACAAAUUGGGGACAUUGAGCGAGCUUGCAGAAGUUAGUUGCCGACACAAAGUGUCUGGGAUUCUCCAGAGGCUGCUGCUCCUUCUGAGAUCUGGUCGUUGCUGCUAUCCCGCUGCACAGUGGUACAUCAGUCAUCUGCGUCGGGCCAGACAUCUACUGCACAAGAUCAAGAAGAGAUAUCCCUACCCGUCAGUGCCUGAAGUGGAGAAGACCUUCCCGGAAGGACUGAUGAGAUUCGUCACCCGCAGUGGUCACUUCAGACACGGGCCCAAUAAAGACGGAAACUUGGAUGCUGACACCAUUCAGAUUAUCAUCUGUUUCAGGGAGCUGUGUGCGCUCUGCUGGAUGCUUCAUGUCAGGGACCAACUCUCCGUUUUCUGCAGGAGGUAUCACAGUGUGAGACAGAGCGGCAGAGACGAACACCUGUCUGGUGAGACAGAGAUGAAUUCUGCUUGUGUGGACGCUCUCCACUGGGCCUGCCGGUUUCUGCCUUUCUCACGUUUUCUCAAUGCUGAAGAAAUCCUUCAGGACAUCCUGCUUAGCUUUGUUUCUGAACUGCCUCCGGUGCCUCUGGUGGCAGACACACUGGUACAAGCCUUCCCAGAUGAAGAAGAGUCUGUCAGAGUCCCUCUGAGAGAAAAAUAUAACUCGCUGCUGCAGAGACUAAGGCAAUGCCGUGUCCUCGAAGAGCAAAAAGAGGAAGAGAGCGAGUUGAUGAUGAUUCUGAUUCAAGACAAAUUCAGGCAAAGGAAAAAACAUCUAGGACGUCUGCAGAGGCACAUCGGCCCCACUGUGCUCCAUUUGUGGGAGAAAGAAGAUGAAGAGGUGGACAAAGGAAGCAAGCACGGGAUGGCAGUGCUAAGGCAACUUUCUCUGGGAACAAGUUUGAGCACCAGCAGCCUGGCCGACUGCAGGCUUCCCCCUGUGUGCAGUGACGGAGACACGGCAGAGAACACAUCGGAGGCCAUCUCUCCUGAACAGCCGAGCAGAGCCAAGAUCAGGAGCAAAGAAACAAGCAAAGUUAAAGAGAAAAAACUAGCAAAGAAAAGCGCUGCUAAGACCAACAGUGUCAUGAAAGAGGAGGUCCAAGCCAUUUCCAAGGAGAACCAGCAACCCUCCCUUCCAGUGGUUGGAACCUGGGAAUUUGAGCUAGAAGAUGAGGAGUAUUUGAAUUUUCUGGAGCUCUUCCUCAGCUAUGUGCUAGAGAAGGACAGCAAGGAUGGAGAAGACUCGAGCAAUGAGCCUCCCCUGUUGAAUGGCUUCUGCUCUGAGAUAAGGGAGAGAGAACUGCACUCCCUCACCUUCGAUGUGCUCACGACUAUACGUCGUCAGAGAGAUGGGCAUCUACCAGCAAGAAAACAUCUGGGAAGUGAUCCACCGGUGUUCAGAGCUGGUUGCUGUUACAGGCCUGUGGGUCAAGGAAGAACACCUGAGCGCCUCCCUUCCUCUGCCUGCAGUGACGAUCCCGUGUCCAGGAUGAGCGUUACUGUCACUUCCCAACCUGGAUGGAGAACCGGGAAACAGAAAGGCUUGUUUGGACUCAAACAGCAACACAGCGUGCCUUUAAACCGCCAUGGUUCUGAAGCUGCCUUUAUCACCGAGCAGCCAUCAGACUGCUCCACCCAUGGCACCUCGGUGACUGUGGCCGCUGUAACUGAACUGCAGCAGGGCCUGGAUCCCAAACUGGAGGCUCAGUUUCCCAAACUGGGCAGACUGCUGGAGUGGAUGGUACGCUGGGCCGACAGGAGGGUCCUGCUUGGGCAUCAUGGUAAAAAGAAGAAAGAAAAGCGAGUGGAAAGUAUGGCAACGGCUGAUGAAGGAGUGGUGAUCCGGGUCAAAGCCUCAGCGCCGGCCAUCCUCACUUCCCUCAGCUUGCUGGAGCACAGGUAUGCUGCCCUGUUCGGGACCGACCGCUGCAGUGCUCACAUGCAAGUCCCGCAAGCGCAGUGGAUCGUCGCCCCUGUGCUGCAGCCUGCGGUGGGCGGGCCACCUGAACGGGAGAGCAGCGUUGAUACAGGCUACCCUGGAUCGGUCAACACCCCCGUCAAUGUUGUUGAUCACAGAGUCCAGCAAGAAGAAGUGGCCAUUGGUGAACAGUCUUCAGAUGAACCAGAGGAGGAGACAGUUCACAGAAGGCCUCUCCUUACGGACCAGGCUCAGUUGACGUGUGAUGCUGAACUGAGACAGUCACACUUUCUCGACGACAGUGAUGUAACUCCUGAAAAAGAAGUUACCGAUAUGUGCAGUGAGGCCUUGGAAGUGACGUCUUCCUGUUCCAGUGAGGACAUCUCUGGAAACAUCUGCACACCAGAUAUGAGUUUGAAGCUGGCAGAGUUAGACUGCUCAGUCAAAACCAAUGAUACCACUCACCACCGUUUUGCCGGGAUCCUUCACACCGACCCACAUCAAGAAGUCCCUGCUUCGCCCGUCGAUGAGCCGAAGACUCCUGUUCCCACAGAAGUCUCUGAUUCACCUGGGACGUGUCUCCCCAACUCAACUCUCAACCCUGCAAGCGAUCAGGCACACACCUCCACCGCAGCAGCUGCCAAUCAGUCAUCAACCCAUGAAGCUCCACCAGUGAGACAACAUCUGGGAGAAGAUUUAUUCAGGCUUAUUCAGCAUAUUAACUACAUGAGUCUGAGGGACGUUCUCCAAGCCUCAUUCUCUAAUGUACAGAACUCUAUGGCUCAGUCCAAUAUGAUCUCCUCACUAAAUAAUGUGCCUCCAUCAUUAACUGCCAACUCCAUCCCUGAUCCAUUUGCCCCUCGUGUUCAACCCACCACCUCUGGAACCCCUCAAUCACAAAAACCCGUGCCAACAUCAGUAUGCACCAAGCCCCACGUCAGCCAGACCUCUGACUGUGCCCCGGUUCACCAGCCUGCGAUGCAAAGCUCAGUCAGAACGGCUUUGGCAGCACACCAGUGUCACCCCGACAGGAAAACACUUCCCACUGCUAGUGGGGCAGGUGUAAAUUAUCAGGAAAUGCAGCCUCUCUCCGUCCAGGCAGGAUCCCCGGAGCCUCUUUUGAGAGAGAGCAGGAGGCUCAUCCCCUGCUCAGAGGGACUUCUGGCCACAACUGACAGCAAUCACACCUUACGCACUACUUCUGUGGUGUUGCCUCUGAGUGGUAGUGCACAAAAUGAGUCUGCUCCCCACAUGCUGGGCCUGAAGUUACUUCAGCUCCACCGCCCCCCUUUACCACAGCAACGUGUCCCGCAGUGUGCAUCAACACAGCCGCCGCAGGCUGAGCACACUGCCAACCCCGCCUCACUGGAAAACAAUCAGCACAUGUCAAAACAUAGCGACCAAAAUACCUCGGUUAAAAGAGGCCGGGACAAAAAAGUCGGAUUGAAAAGAUGCCCUGCUUUUAAUUCUUCACAUGACCCGACACCCAGAAGCUCCCAGCACAAGUUCUGGCCACCGGAGAAGCCCAGAAAUCAGGAGUUUUCACUGCUUCCUCCAAUGUUACCAGCUCACACAGCUGCGCCGGUGCAGGGCCUUCGCCUGCUGAGCUUUCAUUCUGCUCCACAAAGCAACAUUACCUUCCCCAGACUCCAUUUCCGAUCUUUCUCCAGACCUGCUGUCAUCACAGCUCCAAUGACAGAAACACCUGUGAUCAAGCUCCUUCAUAUUGAUUCUGGACCAAAAAUAGUGAUGCCCAUGCCAGCUCCUUCUGUACAAAUGACCAAUCUCAUGUCUGUAGAAGAGUUGGCCAAUUCAGUGAUUAGGAGGCAGAGUGCUGAAGAGAACCGGCUGCAGUUGCUGAGAGCAGAGCCAUCUAAUAAAAGCACUACAGGGACUACUCCUCUUUCCAGUUUGAACUCCAGAAAAAGGCACAAGAGGAGAGAAGAGAAGGCAAGAAAAGCAGAAGUCAGAUUCAAACCAAACGACUCGAUCAUCCCCACACAAGAGCCAGCUGAAGUGCCUGUAACUGAACAACCUGCAUGUGCUGAGGAUGUCCCGUCUGCAGAGGACGUCUCCAUUCCACAUGGAUCUUCAGAUGCUUUCCUAACAGGUCUGACACUUCCGGAUGAAGUCAGGUCCGCUUCAGCCGAGCUCCACGCUUUUGAAUCCGCAAGUAAAAGACCCCCGGAGUGUCAUGAUGCUUUCACGAACACAGAACCACGUUGUUCUCUGACGCUUGUGGAUAAAGCUGUGUCUGCCCAGAUCUCUGUGCCGACAAGUAGCCCAAACUCAAAAGAGAGUUUCCAGAUUGAUCGUGGAAACCCUGUUCAAGACUCAAAGGAGACUCUGCAAGAACCAGAGAGCCUUCAGGAUGUCGGUGGCCGACAGUUCAUAAGCAUCUUAGACCUAAAGGAUACAGGAUACCAUCAAAACCUAGAACCCCAUCCCAGCCCAGGAGCACCAGAAGUGUCUUCCAUCGGCGAUUCUUCACCGGCUCUUGCUCAGCUUCAUUUUUUUACAACCCCUGAGAUCAUAAGUGGAUCUGCUGCAGCUUCUGCUGAUGAUCCACGGCCCUCUACCUCAAUUCCAGAUGAUCUCCUGAACGCUGUCACCCACUCAGAACUGCGUAACCCAGAGGAGUCACCGUCAUUCUGUCUCAUUGAGCCCAGGAUUGUCUCAGAAAGAAGCACUUCUCCACCGGAUCAUGUUGUAGACGAUCCCUCUGAUUCUGAGAUCUUUCGGGCCAUUAAGUCCCAGAGUGCCGAACCUCGUCGAACCUUCUCCUCGUCUAAUACAGUCUGGUUUUCCUCCCGCCUGUCGGAGCUGGACGCUCAGCUGGCUGCUCUACAGAAUAUUGCUGAUCAUUUGGAGACAGACUUCUCAAACUCAAACAUGUUGGUGAACAACGUGGCUCCUGAUGUGAAGAGUACCACAACAGCAAAGAAAACUGUUAGACUGUCUGUACCUCUGAAAGCCUGGGCUCCAAGACCUGAUCCAGACCUAUUAGCUGGGAUGAAUGUCUUUGAAGAGGACGAUAAAGACGAAGAAGAGGCGUUUCAGAUUGACUCCUGCAGCCCCAGAGGAAAUACGUCUUAUGACCUAGCUUCUCUUCACAGUCACAGAGCGGACUCUUCCUUCCCUCAAACUCCCACAAGAAUGAAAGAGGAAAUAACUGAAACAGACGACAUAAGCUGGGCAGAAGAGAAUCUGGGUCAGAGUGGGUUAUCUGAUACAGCAGUAAUCUUAGAUGAGUUGGUGAAAGAAGGUUACUUGUCGGCGGCGGACUUGGAUCUGACCUCUUUGAGGACUUCCCAUCGUAGCAGUGAUGUGAUCCACAGCCAACCAGAGCAGCCGCACGGCCGCCGGAUGUCGCAGGAACGGCUUCUUCCAGAGGACGAAAGGAGAGAAUUGAGAAUCUGGAUGAGAAGGAAACAGAGAGAAAGACUGGCGGCUUAUCAAAAGCACAGAGCGAGCCUGAGAGAGAGGGAGCACAAACCUUUCUCUUCCUCUCCAGUGGUGCAACCAACAAACAGAAAUCGAACGACCAGUCUGAAAAACAAAGAACAAAAUCAAAAGGUGAUGCUUUUGGAGCACUUCAAACAACGCACCCAUGAGGCUUGUUCUUUCGCCAACAAUAUCCUCGCCUCUCCUGCAACUGGACGCGGUCGUUUGGAAACUGAUGGUCCCUUUGCAGCCGUCGCCACGCGCUCCACCUCUGCACCACCUGCUGGCAGCACUCGCAGAGCUUACAGUGUGUCUGCCGAUGAUAAAAGAAGUCUGAAGUCCAAGUCAAGGCAAGGUCGGCCACACGCUCAGCUGCAGUCUGCAGAAGUGCGAGGGCAGCCUUCAGAAGAUUAUCGAAGGCGACUGGGACUACACAGACCAGUGACCGUUUUGCCAAAGGAUCGUCUCUCUCAGGUGACCAGACGUGGCAUGCUGGCAGCCACAAAGAGCCCGAGUGAGCACCAGAGAAGGACAGCGCUGAACAAAACGUUCUCGACAGGGGCUGCUGGUGGAGGGACGAUGAAGGAACAGAUGAGAAGGAGAGACAGAGGAGAGGAAAACACGGAGCUGCACGGUCUACAGGAGUCAGAGUCAAGCAGGGUUUUAGCAGGGCAUUCGGAGGAUCAGGACAACGCCUGCAGGGCCGGUACUUCCUGGAUGGAGUACUUGGAGUAUCUCUCUGCCAGUACAAGCAGCAGUCUCAGUUUAAGAGACUGGGCUGCGAUUGAGAGGAUGAUGGCUGCAGAAGAAGGCUGAGUCUCUCAAGGACACCAAGAAAACGUCUUACUGACACAUUAAGUAGACAGUUUCUAUCAAAAAAUACUUGUGCCUUUCUUACAAUGAAAUUAAUUUCAUUUUCUUAAACAUCUUUGAUUAAUAUGUUAAUAGACAACAAUGACUGCAAUACCAGCAGUUGCUGUAUUUAAAAUAUAAAGUUGUUUAUUUAUAUUUUGCACUGACAGUAGAUUACAUGUGAUCAAUCAAUUAACCUUUAUUUAUAAGGCAGCUUUUGUACAGUAAAAUGCGUCACAAAGUGCUUUUUCGCAUUUAUCCAAAUACCUAUUGUAUCCGUUUUAUGUUUGCAUACAUUAUCAUUUGAUAUCAAAUAUUUGUGCCAUUCACAUUUGCUGUGAUGUAUUUUAAUGCAGCCUUGUGCCACUUUGUGUGUCUGCCUGCUGGAAUUGUCCAAGAAUUAAACAUAUUGAAUUAUUUUUAUUCCUGUUUUUUUGCUGUCAUUGUUUAGUUUGAAAGUUGGACUGAUUUGUUCACAUAAUUAUGUAUGUGUUUGUAAAUGAGCUUGUGAAAGAAGUCUCUUGCACUGUUUUACUUAAUGAAUGUUAAAAGUGUUCCUCUGUAAUGGAUUGCAGAUAUUGACAUAUGGUAUGUAAUUAAAGUUGUUUAAUUCAAAAUUCAUCGGUUGUUUUGUAUUUUGCUGUGGAUUAAUGUGAGUAUGAUGUUGCAUUUUUGAAGAGUUAAACAGAUCGAUUAAGGAUUUCUAUCAGACUUUGGCAAUUACCCUGGCAGGAUCUCUCAUGUGAAGCUUAUCAAACUGACAC